AUGAAUAAUUCUGACCGUGAGUGGAUGUAUGAUAGAUUGUUGGAAGAUGGAUUCAUAAAUUCUAGGUUUAUUGAUGGAGUUGAGAGCUUUGUUGAAUUUGCUAAAAGUCAUCCUGAAUGUAUGGAUGGUGAAAAAUUAAGAUGUCCUUUUAAUCAUCGUAAGUGUCAAAAUAAAAAUAUUUUGGAUGAGUUUACAGUUAUGACACAUCUUGGAAAUAAUGGCUUUGUACCAAAUUAUUAUCGUUGGCAUCAUCAUGGAGAAAGUUAUGUUCCAGGUCCAAGUGUGUUUGGUAAUCAUCAAGAAGAAGCUUCAGCUUCAGGUGAAACCCUGAAUUCUCAGUCUCAUAAUGAAUUUCAAGCUAUGGUUUUUUAUAUUGCUGGGCCUUCUUUUGAUGGUAACAUAGAAGAGGAUCCAAAUUCCACAGCACAAAAUAUUUAUAAUUUGAUUAAAGCAUCGGAACAAGAAAUUUGGUCGAAAAAUCCACAUGGACACACACAACUAUCUGUCGUUGCUCGUUUGUUGAAUCUAAAGGCGAAACAUCAUUUUUCUGAAAGAUUAUAUGAUGAGUUGUGUGAAUUUAUAUCAGAAUUGAUGCCAACUGAUAACAUAAUGAUAGAUAGCUUUUAUAGUACCAAAAAGCUAAUGAGAGAAUUGGGCUUGCCGGUUAAAAAGAUUGAUUGUUGCAAAAAUGAUUGUACGCUUUAUUGGAGGAAGGAUAGUGAACUUGUCAAUUGCAAGUUUUGUUCUCACCCUCGAUUUAAGAGAUCAAAACAUCAAUGCUCCAAGAAGAAAACUAAUAUUUCUUAUAAGAUGUAUUAUUUUCCUUUAGCUCCGCAUUUACAAAGAUUGUAUGCAUCUGAUGCUACAGCAAAACAUAUGAGGUGGCAUUAUGAGCAUGAAAGGGAUGGUGUGAUACGUCAUCCCUCUGACUCUCCUGCUUGGAAAUAG